CGCAACCUCCCCGCAAAAUGUCGCGAAAACCCGCCGAUGUGGCGUCCAAGGAGCGCAACGAGUACAUCCCGUCCUUCAUUUCCAAGAAGCCGUUCUAUAUCGACGACGAUGAAUCCACGAACGACUAUCUAGAGCAUCAGCGUCUACACAAGUCAACAACCGAUCAGUCGAAAUGGUACGAACGUGGAAAGCGCGUCGGGCCUGCCGCCACCAAGUACCGGAAAGGCGCGUGCGAAAACUGUGGCGCCAUGACGCAUAAAACAAAGGAAUGCCUCAGCCGGCCUCGGAAACAAGGUGCCAAGUGGACGGGGAAAGACAUUCAGGCCGAUGAAGUCAUACAGGACGUGAACAUGGGUUGGGACGCGAAGCGAGAUCGGUGGAAUGGUUACGAUGCUAGCAAGUACCGCCAAGUGGUCGAAGAAUAUGAAGAGCUGGAGAAGUUGAAAAAGGUUGCAAAGAAGGACGUCGAAGAUGAGCAAAAGGCUAUUAUGGAUGGCGACCCAGACGGUGAAGACGCAACACAGGAAGAAGCCCGAUACGCUGAAGAAUCCGACAUGGGGAGGCAACAAAGUACAGCGACUCGCAACUUGCGUAUCCGAGAAGACACCGCCAAAUAUUUACUCAACCUCGAUCUCGACUCCGCGAAAUACGAUCCUAAGACACGUCGAAUGGUCGACAUGGGAGCUCAGGAUGAUCAAGCCGCUGCUCUCGUUGCUGAGGAGAACUUCGUUCGCGCUUCCGGCGAUGCAGCAGAAUUUGAGAAGGCGCAGAAGUACGCCUGGGAGGCCCAAGAGACCGGCGCUCAGAAAAUUCAUCUACAAGCGAACCCUACCUCCGGGGAAAUACUGCGAAAACAGGAAAAAACUCAAAGCGACGACAAGCGACAGACCCAGCGAAAAGCACUUUUGGAAAAAUAUGGUGGACAGGAACAUAUGCAACCAACGCCAUUGCGCGAUACUAUGGUCGUUGAAAACGAACGGUUCGUUGAAUAUGAUGAAACUGGUGCUAUCAAGGGAGCGCCAAAGAAGGCGGCCAAGUCCAAGUAUGCAGAGGACCUUUUCCCCAACAACCAUACCUCGGUCUGGGGAAGUUGGUGGCAUAACUUUGAAUGGGGUUAUUCUUGCUGUUUCUCGACGGUCAAGAACAGCUACUGCACUGGCGAGGAUGGAAAGAAGGCUUUCGAGGAGGCCGAUAAGAUGCUCAUGCUGGAGGAAGUCGACGGAGAGAAUGGAGACGCGCCUGCUGAAACUGCCGAAGCCGAUACUGCUCCCCGAUCUCAAAGUCCCGAACGAGAUGAGCAGCAGGAGAGCAAGCCCAGCUCGAAAAAGAGAACGUUGAUGGAAGUACAGUCCGGCAUCACGGAAGAGGAGCUGGAAUCGUACAAAAAGAGCCGUCUUGAUGCGGAUGAUCCUAUGGCUGCGUUCAUAGGGAAGGACACAUUGGAGUAGUAAUUAUCAGGUUUUUUCUAUCAUUUGAUCUAUCCUCAUUGACCUAUUUCGAUACGGAGCGCUAGGUACCACUAAAUACCCCAUUAAGAAUGUACAUAUUAAAAAC